AUGCACCUGUGCAAGCUCAAGAAACAUAAAUAUGCCAUUGGACUGCUUGAUAAGGGAGCUGUCCCUGAUGGAGAAUGCUUCUCUUUGCUGUUUGAGUCCUGUGCGAGUCUAAAAUCACUUAAACAUUCCAAGAAGGUACAUGAUCAUUUCCUGCAGUCUAAGUUUAGAGGCGAUCCAAAACUGAACAAGAUGGUGAUUGGUAUGUACGGGGAGUGUAAUAGUGUCACUGAUGCUAAGAGAGUGUUUGAUCACAUGGUCGAUAAAGAUGUAGAUUCUUGGCAUUUGAUGAUGCGUGUGUAUAGUGAUAACGGAAUGGGAGAUGAUGCGUUGAGUUUGUUCGAGGAGAUGAUGAAACAAGGGUUGAAACCAAACGAUGAAACGUUCCUUAAUGUCUUCCUUGCGUGUGCUAAUGUGGGUGGAAUCAAAGAAGCGUUUUUGCAUUUCGACUCGAUGAGAAACGAGUAUGGGAUUACUCCAAGAACAGAACAUUACUUGGGUCUUUUAGAUGUUCUUGGCAAGUGUGGAUAUCUUGUCGAAUCAGAGCAGUACAUCCACGAGCUUCCCUUUGAACCAUCAGCUGAUUUCUGGGAAGCCAUGAGGAGCUACGCUAAGCUACACGGAGAUAUCAAUUUAGAGGAUUUCGCGGAGGAGUUAUCGAUGAUCGAGCUUGACCCUUCUUCAAAGGCUGUAAUCAAGAAAGUUCCUACACCUCCACCAAACUCACUCAAGGAGACAAGCAUGAUUGCUAACAAGAACAGGAUCCUCGAGUUUCGGAAUCCGAGUUUUUACAAGGAUAAAGCGAAGGAGAUGGCUAUAAAGAAAGGUCCGGUUUAUGUUCCGGAGACACGAUGGGUUAUGCAUGACAUUGAUGAAGAAGCCAAAGGAGAAGCACUGCUUCACCAUGGUGAGAGGUUAGCGAUUGCUUAUGGUUUGAUGAACACGCCGGCGCGUAAGUCACUCACGAUCAUAAAGAACAUCCGUGUGUGUGGUGAUUGUCACAACUUUAUCAAGAUCAUGUCCAAAAUGGUUGGUAGGGAGUUGAUUGUUAGAGACAAUAAACGUUUUCAUCACUUCAAAGAUGGAAAAUGUUCUUGUGGUGAUUACUGGUAG